AUGCUCCGGCUCCGUACGUGCGUCCUCGACCACCUCAUCUCCUCUCCAGCUACCUCUCCCGUAUCCUCUCUCCACCGUCUCGUCUCCGCCGCCGCGCUCGCCGUUUCCCCAAACCCUAGCUUCGCCGUGGAGGAGUACCUCGUCUCCACCUGCGGCCUCACCCGAUCCCAGGCCCUCAAGGCCUCCGCCAAGCUUUCCCACCUCAAGUCCCCCGCCAAUCCCGACGCCGUGCUCGCCCUCCUCGCCGGCCUCGGCCUCUCCACCACCGACAUCGCCGCUCUCGUCGCCAGGGACCCGCUGCUCCUCUGCGCCCAAGUGGAGAAAACCCUGGCCCCCAACGUGGCGGGGCUCACCGGCCUCGGUCUCUCGCGUUCGGAGGUCGCACGCCUCGCCUCGAUUGGCCCCGAGAGAUUCCGCUCUAGAUCCAUCGUCUCCAAGCUGCACUACUACUUGCCUCUCUUUGGGUCCUCUGAGUACCUCCUCCGGGCCCUCAAGAGGAACUUCUACCUUCUCUCCGCUGACCUCGACGAUGUGGUUAAGCCCAAUGUCGCUUAUCUGCAGGAGUGCGGGCUAGGUGCUUGUGAUAUUGCCAAGCUAUGCAGCCGUCAACCAUGGAUUGUCACCGCCAACCUGGAGCGUGUCCAGGCGAUGGUGGAAUGCGCUGAAAACAUAGGUGUGCCCCGUGCCUCUGGGAUGUUCAGGCACGCGCUGCACGCUGUUGCAUUUCUCAGCGAGGACAAGAUCGCAGCCAGGGUGAACUACUUGAAGAACACCUUCAGCUGGACGGAUGCUGAGGUAGGCAUGGCUGUUUCUAAGGCUCCAACUGUGCUGGCGAGGUCCAAGGAGUCGCUGCAGCGCAGGUCUGAGUUCCUCAUCUCCGAGGUGGGCUUGGAACCGGUGUACAUUGCUCAACGGUCGGAAAUAAUCGGUCACAACCUAGAGGGCCGGCUCAGGCCCCGGUACUAUGCUGUGAAGUUUCUCAAGGAAAAUGGAUUGCUCAAGCGUGACCCAAACUACAGUACCGUUUUCAAGAUUAGUGAGAAGGCAUUCAGGAAGAAGUUCAUAUUCCCUCACAAGGAGGCUGCACCGCACCUCACAGAAGACUACGAUGCCGCUUGCAAGGGGGACGUGCCGACUAAUUUCAGAUUCACAUAA